AUGGAACAACCAAUAUAUUUAGCAAGCAGUAUUGAAAAGCUUGUGUCAGAGCAUGUACAGAAUGUAGAAGUUGAUAAAGCAUACAAAUUCUUUCAUUAUCUGCAGACUCUAAACAAUCUGACUCGAAUAUCAUCUACCUACAAGUCCGAAGGUGAUAUGGAGAAGGCUUAUGUUUACUUGUUAAGAUUUUGUGUAUUAACAUUGGAGAAAUUACCUAAACAUCCUGAAUAUAAUGACCCAAAGUUUAUGAAAUCUCGGGAUGCUUUGAAAAGAGAGGCUGCUUCAAAGAUUGAUGAAUUGGAGAAUAUGAAAGAGAGACUUGUUCAAAGAUACAUACAGACAAGUGAUGAAAGGGUGGCAAAGGAGAUGCAAAGAAAACAAAAGGAAAGAGAGGACCAAGAAAGAAAAGCCAAACUACUUGAAGAUAAGAAAGAGCACGAUAGAGCUGUUCAACAGGAAAAGCAAGAUGAAUUGGAUCAAAGACGUUUGGAACGUGAACGAAAGAAAUUAGAGGAUGACAACCUCGAAGAAAGAGAAUUCAUUAUGAAAAAGAUGGACAUUGAAAAGAAAAUGAGACAAUCUAGAUUCGAACAACAAGCUGCUCUCUUGAGACAAGAAGCUAAAAUGGAAGAAAAAAGAGCAAGAGAAUUGGAACAACUAGAACAACAACAAGAGCAACAAAAACAGCAACAACAAGCUGCUUUGGUUCAAAAUGAAAAUGACAAUUCAUUUGUUUAUUCUAGUAGUAAUGUAACUGUUGAAAAUGUUGAUGCUGCUACACAACCAGUAAUAUCAUUAAAUAAUGAUGAUUUCUCAUUUUUGGAAUCAAAGUCAAACAAGACAUACGACACUACUUCACAACCACAAGAUUCCUCAUCAUUUUUGGUCGAUCCCUCAUUUGCACCACCUCCAUUACCCGCACCAUCAGCUCCACAUGUAUCCACACCACCAGUAUAUUCUCCAACAAAUACAGUAGCAGUCUCAACACCCAAACAACAAGAAGAGAUUAGAAUUGAUCCAAAUCAUAAAUUUGGAUAUCCCUCAAUUGAUAAUAUAACUAUUUCCGAAAUACCAAAACAACAACCUCCACCACCACAAUAUCAUCAACAACAACAACAACCUCAAUAUAAUAACCAUGUAAACAAUAGCAAUAAUAAUAAUAAUGUAUAUUCAAAUCAACAACAACAACAACAACCUCCACCACAAUAUUACCCAAUACAACAAAACGUUCAUUAUCAAGUUCCAAAUUAUGCAACAAAAUCACCACAAUACAAUAUUAAUAAUAAUAAUAGAUUACCGGCUACAAUCAUGUCACCACCAGUACUUGCUAAUGGAAUAUAUACUGCUCCACCUUCUGGAAAAGGACAACAAUCAUUUUUAUCAGUGGCACAACAAAACCAAGUACAAAAUGCUGCCAAUCGUGCAACAAACUCGGCAACAGCCACCCUACCUUCUACUACUACAACGACAAAUCAAAAUCAACUUGCAUCACCAGCAACAACUGCGGUUGCCAAGUUAAAGACCAAUUUAGAUUCUCCAGAAGCAUCUAAAAAGUAUAGUAAACUUAGACGAAUCGUUAUUUGUGGUGAAAUAUUUGGUGAUUUUAUGAAAAUGGCUGAUAACAAUACAAGAAGACAUAUUGAAACUUGUGGUAUUUUAUCUGGUACAUUGAGUAAUGAAGUAUUCAGUGUAACAACAUUAAUUAUUCCAAAACAAGAAGGUACCACUGAUACAUGUAAUACUAUUGAAGAACAAGAAUUAUUCGAGUAUCAAUUGGAAAAUGAUUUAUUAACACUAGGAUGGAUUCAUACUCAUCCAACUCAAGACUGUUUCUUAUCGGCUGUUGAUGUUCACACUCAUUGUUCCUAUCAAUUUUUAUUACAAGAAGCCAUUGCUGUUGUUAUUAGUCCAAUGGCAAAUCCAAAAUUGACUGAUCCACCUGGUAUGGAUACAGUAAAGAAAUGUAAAUUAAAAUCCUUUCACCCACAUCCACCCGUUGGAGGUGUUCCAAUCUAUACAAAGGUUGACCACGUCGAUAUUGUUUGGGUUAUUACUUUUAGUAGGAUUGGAAAUAAUUAUCUCAAAGAGUUGUUAUAA